UUGUUUCUAUGUGAUGUGAUAGGACCUUAUUAGAAGACAGAAUGAAACUCAAGCGGUUUCUCCUCAGAUAUUAUCCGCCAGGUAUAAUCCUUGAAUACGAGAAAGGAGGAUUUCUGAGGACCAAAUCAAUAGAUCUUUUGGAUUUGACUCCAGAAACAAAUCCAGAUGAGUUGGUGGAAGAAAUCAGACAAUCAGAGCCUCUGGUCACAAAGGCUCAGGCUGAUCAGGUCAAACAGCUGGUUAUUCGACUUCAGAAGAAACAGACCCAGCAGGACCAUCACAGGUUCUGUUUCUCCAAGGAGCUCAAGGCACACAUACUGCCACUGACAAAUGUUGCCUUUGAUAAAUCUGGGUCAAGGUUUAUAACUGGGAGUUACGACAGGACAUGUAGAGUCUGGGACACAGCCUCAGGCACAGAGCUGCACGUGCUAGAGGGUCACAGAAACGUGGUGUAUGCAAUUGCGUUCAACAACCCUUAUGGAAACAAGAUUGCGACUGGCUCUUUUGAUAAGACCUGCAAACUGUGGUGUGCUGAGACUGGCAAAUGUUUUCAUACUUAUCGGGGACACAUGGGAGAAAUAGUGUGUCUUGCAUUCAACCCCCAGAGUACGCUGGUGGCCACAAGCAGUAUGGACACCACUGCCAAGCUGUGGGAUGUGGAGAGUGGGGAGGAAGUGGCCACACUGACUGGUCACACUGCAGAGGUCCUCUCGCUGUGCUUUAACACAGUGGGCAGUCAACUUGUCACUGGUUCCUUCGACCACACAGUCGCUAUAUGGGAUGUUGCUUCAGGAAGACGGGUCCACACACUCAUUGGUCACAUGGGAGAAAUAAGCAAUACUCAGUUUAACUGGGAUUGCUCCUUGAUUGUUACUGGUUCCAUGGAUAAAACCUGCAAAGUUUGGGAGACUGUCAGUGGGAAGUGUGUUGCCACCCUCACUGGACACAAAGAAGAGGUGUUGGAUGUGUGUUUUGAUUUAAGUGGUCAACUCAUUGCUACUGCCUCAGCUGAUGGGACAGCAAGAGUGUUCAGUACAGCAACACAUCAGUGUCUUGCAACCUUAGAAGGCCACGAUGGCGAUAUCUCCAAGAUCUGUUUCAGCCCUCAGGGCACCAGAGUCCUGACUGCCAGCUCAGACAAGACAGCUCGGCUCUGGGAUGCACACUCUGGAGUCUGCUUACAAGUCCUGGAGGGGCACACAGAUGAGAUCUUUUCCUGCGUCUUCAACUACGAGGGUGACACAAUCAUUACAGGCAGCAAGGAUAACACAUGCCGGAUCUGGUACUGAACAUUACCUGAGGCUCAGGAGGGCAUUUACAUGAACACAACAAUCAAAUUGUGUUUGCCAAAUAUCGCCCACUUUGUGUCUGCUCGAUUGUGGACUACUGUAAAAGAAAAACACAAAAAAAUCACAAACUCCUGCUCAGUUUAGUCUUUGACUUCUGUUUGAAGUUAAUGUGGUCCUAGAAAUCAACAGCAGCUUGGAAUCUCUGCUCAGAAGAUGUCAUCAAAAGGAGUCGAAUUCUUCAAUUUCAAAAGCUGUUUAUGUUUUGUUCAAGCAAUAAUUGACGUUAUAGGAAAUAGAUGGAUUAACUGUACAUCAUAUAGUACCAUGCAAAAGUCUUGAGCCGCCACUUGUAUUUUGCUAUGAAAAUAGAAAACUAAAUGAUGAUUUCUGGAAGCAUGGAAAUAAAGUAUAGAAGCAAAAACAAA